AUGCGCGUCUUCAUUCUUGUUGCUCUGCUGGCGCUGGUCGCUGUAGCUACCGCCCAGGGACCUUCGUCUGGUGGUCCGCGCGGUGGUCCGCGCGGUGGUCCGGGGGGGCCACCCCCUCUUGGACCCGGAGGUCCUGGAGGUCCUGGAGGACCACCUGGUGGUCAUGGCCCGAGCGGUAAUUCUUCCGAGGCUCCACCACCAUCCGAUGCUCCACCAUCCGAUGACGCCACCUCCGAGGCUUCAGACUCCGGUUCUUCCUAG